GAGAGGAGGAAGGGCUAUGCAAAUGAGCCCCCCUUUCUUUUAAAGGGUUUGUCCCAGCCCCUGGCACCUUGGGUUGCUAGAGGGAAGGACAGGAUGGAGAUGGUGCUGAGGAGGUUCCUUCUCCAGGUGGCUGUGCUAGGUGCUCUGCUGCCUGUGGGGGCCACAGGAUCCAGAGACCAGGACUGGCCUGGUGUCUCAAGGCAGCUCAGAACCAAAGCCUGGAACAGGCAGCUAUAUCCAGCAUGGACAGAUGUCCAGGGGACUGACUGCUGGAGAGGUGGCCAAGUGUCCCUGAAGAUUAGUAAUGAUGGGCCAACUCUGGUUGGGGCAAAUGCCUCCUUCUCUACUGCUCUGCACUUCCCUGAAAGCCAAAAGGUGCUGGCGGAUGGGCAGAUCAUCUGGGCCCGCAAUGCUACCAUCAAUGGGAGCAAGGUAUGGGGAGGACAACCAGUGUAUCCUCAGGAUCCUGAUGACACCUGCAUCUUCCCUGAUGGUGGACCCUGCCCAUCUGGCCCUUGGUCUCAGAGGAGAAAUUUUGUCUAUGUCUGGAAGACCUGGGGCCAAUACUGGCAAGUUCUGGGGGGCCAAGUGUCCGGGCUGAGCAUUGGGACGGCCAGGGCAAGGCUGGGCACACACAUGAUGGAAGUGACCGUCUACCACCGUCGGGGGUCCCAGAGCUACGUGCCCCUCGUCCGCUCCCAAUCAGCCUUCACCAUCACUGACCAGGUGCCCUUCACUGUGAGCGUGUCCCAGCUGCAGGCCUUGGAUGGAGGGAACAAGCACUUCCUGAGGAAUCGACCUCUGACUUUUGCCCUCCAGCUCCAUGACCCCAGUGGCUAUUUGGCUGGGGCUGACCUCUCCUACACCUGGGACUUUGGAGAUAGUAGUGGCACCCUGAUUUCUCGAGCACUUGUGGUCACUCAUACUUACCUAGAAUCUGGCCCAGUCACUGUCCAGGUAGUGCUGCAGGCUGCCAUUCCUUUCACCUCCUGUGGCUCCUCCCCAGUUCCCCGCACCACAGAUGGGUACUUGUCAACAGCAGAGGCCUCUAGCACCACAGUUGGGCAAGUGCCUACUGAAGAAGUAGGAACUACACCUGGGCAGGGGCCAACUGCAGGGGGCACAGGCACUACUAUACCUGGGCAGGUGCCAACUGCAGAGAGCACAGGUACUACUACACCUGGGCAGAUGCCAACUGCAAAGGGCACAGGUAGUACUACACCUGGGCAGAUGCCAACCUCAGAGGUCAUAGGUACCACACCUGUAGAGAAGACAACUGCAGAGCACUCCAGAACCACAGCUGCUCAGGUAAUAACUACAGAGUUGGUGGAGACCACAGCUGGAGAGGUACCCAGCCCUGAGCCUGAGGGUCCAGAUGCCAGCCCAUUCAUGCCUACGGAGGAUAACACAGGUUCCCAGAGUCCCCUGCUGGAUAGCACAGCUGCCGUAAUCCUGGUGAAGCGACAAGUACCCCUGGAUUGUGUUCUGUAUCGAUAUGGUUCCUUUUCCCUCUCCCUGGACAUUAUCCAGGGUAUUGAGAAUGCUGAGAUCCUGCAGGCUGUGCCAUCUGGUGAGGGGGAUGCAUUUGAGCUGACUGUGUCCUGCCAAGGCGGGCUCCCCAAGCAAGCCUGUAUGGACAUCUCAUCGCCAGGCUGCCAACCCCCGGCCCAGCGGCUGUGCCAGCCUGUGCCUCCCAGCCCAGCCUGCCAGCUGGUUCUGCACCAGACACUGAAGGGAGGCUCGGGGAUCUACUGCCUCAAUGUGUCUUUGGCUGAUGCCAACAGCCUGGCAAUGGUCAGCACUCAGCUUGUCAUGCCUGGUCAAGAAGCAGGCCUUGGGCAGGCUCCCCUGUUUUUGGGCAUCUUGCUGGUGUUGAUGGCUGUGGUGCUUGCAUCUCUGAUCUAUAGGCGCAGGCUUAUGAAGCAGGUCUCAGCUGUCUCCCUUCCCCAGCUGCCACGGGGCACCACCUACUGGCUACGUCUGCCCCGGAUCUUCCACCGUUGCCCCAUCGGUGAGAGUAGCCCCCUCCUCAGUGGGCAGCAGGUCUGAGUACUCUCAUGCAAUGCCAGAUUUACCCGGGGUUAGCAACAACUCCUAUCUUCUCUAGGCUUCCCUUGAAGAUUACCAUUACCUGAAU